AUGUCGUCCUCCCACACUCUCGAUCAGGGAGCGUCUCGACCACCCAGCACCUCGACUAGCCAGAACAUUGACGUCUGCGCCGGUCGCCAAGCCAAGGCCCAGCAUCCACCGCCCUCUCCCGGAUGGAAGGAGUGCUCGCGUCUCGUAGACGCCGAUGAUGCAGCCAUGUCGGGGACCACUAUUGACGACGUCGUAAGACGGCUCAGUACCACGGACAUCGAACCAAGACUGAAGCUGGAAGCUGCGACGACCCUUCGCGACAGCUUGGAUCACUACACGAGCGGUCCCAUCUAUACUCCAUUCCUGAAACGGUUGAUGCCCAUCUUCAUCAAUAUCCUACGCGGACCAUGCGUCUUUCAAAGCAACUCUACCGAGCAGAAACUCCGUCAUUGCAUCCUCGAAGUCCUUCAUCGUCUACCAACCGCGCCAGCUCCUGCUGAACCCUUUGAGCCCUACGCCGAGGAGAUCUGCGAGCUGCUCAUGCAACUCGUCCGAACCGACAAUGAGGAAAAUGCGACACUAUGCGUCAAGGUCACAUCGGACAUUAUGCGCCAUCAGCAUAAGGUUCUGCAGGGAAAGGUUCAGCAGUUCCUCACCCUCAUCCAGGAACUCUUCGAGCAGAUGGAUCAGGUCGUGAGGGAGCAGCUGGAUAAUGCAACGCCCGCUGUAUCUUCGCAGGCUGGCGCGCCCUCGACGCCAGGGAGCUCUCAGACUAAUUUUCAGUCUCCCCGUGCCGCAUCGCCCGUCGCCUCCGUCUCGGAUCUCGGAGUUGACCCUCAGCAGCAGAACCGGCCGCUCCUGAAGGGCAUGCAGUCCUUCAAGGUUCUCUCCGAGUGCCCCAUCAUCGUCGUGUCUAUAUUCCAGAUCUACCGUGCCACGGUGACGCAAAACGUCAAGGCGUUCGUUCCCCUCAUCAAAAAUGUCCUGUUGCUCCAGGCAAGCGCCCAGAAGCAGGCCCACGCCGAAGCGGCGGCCAAGGGCAAGAUACACACCGGCGUGAGCCCCGCCGUCAAGAAUCGAGCGGCCUUUGGCGAUUUCAUCACGGCCCAGGUCAAGACGAUGAGUUUUCUGGCCUACCUGCUUCGUCAGUACUCGCAGCAGCUUAACGACUUCCUGCCGACACUGCCGGACGUUGUCGUCAGAUUGCUUAAAGACUGCCCGCGGGAGAAGUCGGGGACGAGGAAGGAGCUGCUCAUCGCUAUCCGGCAUAUUAUUAAUUAUAAUUUCCGGAAGAUCUUCCUGCCCAAGAUUGACGAGCUUUUAGAUGAACGAACCCUCACGGGCGAUGGACUCACGGUCUACGAGACCAUGAGGCCCUUGGCGUACAGCAUGCUGGCCGACCUCAUCCACCACGUCCGAGACUCGCUCAGCCCGGAACAGAUUCGCAAGACUGUCGAGGUCUACACGAGGAAUCUCCAAGACAACUUCCCUGGCACCAGUUUCCAGACCAUGAGCGCAAAGUUGCUCCUCAACAUGGCCGAAUGCAUCGCCAAGCUUCCCAAUAAGGUAGAUGCGAGACAUUACCUUAUUAUGAUCUUGAACGCAAUCGGCGACAAGUUUGCUGCCAUGAACCGCCAGUAUCCAAACGCCGUCAAGCUCUCGAAGCAGUACCGUCAGCAAGCCGACGCUGGCACCCCGGAAACGUACCUUGCCGACCGGGAGAACUGCCCUGAUUGGGAUGAAACCGACAUAUUUUCCGCCGUUCCUAUCAAGAUAUCGAAUCCUCGCGACAGAGGCGCCGAUCCGGUGGUGGACAACAAAUUCCUGUUCCGGAACUUGAUGAAUGGUCUCAAGAAUACCUUCUACCAGCUACGAACCUGCAACGUCGGCACCCCGAUCGACCCCCAGAACGCGCCACCGCAUUGGCAGGAUGUUUCCUACGGCUUCACUGCCGAGGAGGUCAACGUCGUCAUCAAGUUGUUCCGCGAGGGCGCCUACGUCUUUCGAUAUUACGAAAUUGAAAAGCCUGCGACCGAAUCCCAGUACAUGUCCCCCGUCGAGUACAUGGCAAACUUUUACAUGGUUUCGAGCAGCAAGGAAGAAAAGGACCUUCUGGAGACUUUUGCCACCGUCUUCCAUUGCAUCGAUCCUGCGACCUUCCACGAAGUCUUCCAACAAGAGAUUCCACGACUUUACGACAUGACCUUUGAGCACACUGCCUUGUUACAUAUACCCCAGUUUUUCCUCGCCAGCGAGGCCACCUCACCCAGCUUCUGCGGCAUGCUUCUUCAGUUUCUCAUGGAGCGCAUCGAUCAGGUCGGAUCGGCCGAUGUCAAAAAGUCCUCCAUCUUGCUCCGACUCUUCAAGCUUGCCUUCAUGGCCGUCACCCUUUUCGCCGGCCAGAACGAGGCCGUUCUUCUGCCGCACGUCGUCAGCAUCGUCACCAAGUCCAUUGAGCUGUCGACAAAGGCGGAGGAGCCGAUCAACUACUUUCUGCUUCUGCGGUCCUUGUUUCGCAGCAUCGGUGGUGGCAAGUUUGAGCAGCUCUACAAGCAGAUCCUUCCUCUGCUGGAGAUGCUGCUGGAUGUCCUCAACAGCCUGCUCAUGGCGGCGCGAAAACCCUCGGAGCGGGACCUCUACGUGGAACUCUGCCUCACGGUUCCCGCACGGCUCAGCCACCUGCUGCCGCACCUGAGCUUUCUCAUGCGCCCCCUGGUCGUUGCCCUGCGGGCGGGGACCGAGCUCGUCGGCCAGGGCCUGCGGACCCUGGAGCUCUGCGUUGAUAACCUCACGGCGGAUUAUCUUGAUCCCAUCAUGGCCCCAGUGAUUGAUGAGCUCAUGACGGCCCUUUUCAAUCACCUCAAGCCCCAUCCUUACAGCCAUUUCCACGCUCACACAACCAUGAGAAUAUUAGGGAAGCUCGGUGGCCGCAAUCGCAAGUUCAUGACCGGCGCCGUCCCCCUUGCAUACAAGGGGUAUGCGGAUGAUUCCUCAAGCUUUGAUGUACGACUCAUCGGGUCAAAGAAGGAUCGGGCGUUUCCGGUAGAUCUGGGCAUCGAUGUUGCCAUCCAAAAGCUCAUGGAAGCGCCAAAGCUCGGCAAGAACAACCAGAACCGUCAGCUUGAUCAGACCUACAAGACGCAAGCCCUGCAUCUGAUCAAGGCUCAGCUCAAGCUCCGUAUCGGCUUUGACCAGCUCCCCGAUGACUUGCCCCGAGUCGUGCGGCUUCAAGCCCAAGAUCUCCUGGCGAGGAAGUUUGACAUCAACUUUGCACCCUUUGAAGUCUCCAACCGCGAAAAGUCCAUCCCGAAAAAGGACGAGCAGGACGGGUUGACAAAGCAACUGUUGAAAGCAAUCAUGUUUGCCGAGUCGAUCCCGGAUUUUAAAGAGGAGGCAGAUGCAUUCCUGCUUGAUGUCUGCAGACACUUUGCGAUCAUCGAAGUCGGCAGGUCCUUGAUCGACCUCAAGCGUAACUUCAGCCCCUUUGAUCCUAAUGCCGGAGAGGGCCCGCUCAACAUCGAUACGAGGAUUCUGUCGGACGCAAUCGUUGAGUCGCUGGCGUCUGAUCACCCCGACGUGCGGGAUGCGGCAAAGGGAGCGAUUCGAGAGCUGUAUACCAGCACUGCCAUCAUCUUCGGUUCCGAAAUGAACGUCGGCCGUCUUCCUCUCUUCACCCACCUUAGCAGUACAUUCUGUCACAGCUGUUACGAGGAGGAGUGGUUCACCAAGACCGGUGGCAGCCUCGGCAUCAACUUCUUGCUUACGGACCUCGACCUUGGCGACGCUUGGGUAGCCUCGAAGCAGACUGAGUUCAUCCGGGCACUCAUGUAUGUCAUCAAGGACAUGCCUCAGGACCUUCCGGAGAGGACGAGGUGUCUGGCCCAGACGAGCCUUCAGGUCUUGCUCACGCGUAUCACCAAGAACAUCAAGAAAGAGGAUACACUGCCCAUUUCGCAGCCGAGCGGGCAGCCUCCUGUGAAGCAACCUCGACUCGCGCAGAUAUGCAUGCAGCUCAACAACGAGCUCUCGCAUAUGAACAAGUUUGUUCGAGAAACGGCCAAGCAGUCACUCGAGCUCAUUGCCAAAGCUGCAGGCUGCGAGGUGUGGGAAGUCCUCGAUCCCUACAAGGAACGGUUUUUGCAACCGAUUUACUCGAAGCCGCUCCGAGCUCUCCCCUUCAGCACCCAAAUCGGCUACAUCAAUGCCAUGACCUAUCACAUGAGCCUCAAGAACGAUUGGGUCAAGUUUGAUGACAACCUGAACCGAUUGUUGAUGGAGUCCUUGGCCUUGGCCGAUGCAAACGACGAGUCCCUCGCUAACAAGCCUGCGGAAUUCCGAACCCAUGAGCACAUUGUCAACUUGAGAGUGUCCUGCAUUCGUCUGCUCAGCACCGCCAUGACGUUUGAUGAGUUUGCUAACAAUCCCACCAAGGGAAAGAUCCUUUCCGUCUUUUUCAAAUGUCUCUACUCGGAGUCCCAGCCGACCAUUGCCGCUGCCAACGACGCCUUGAAGUCGGUUCUGGCUGUUGAUCGGCGUCUGCCAAAGGACCUGCUGCAAGGAGGGCUCCGGCCGGUGCUGCAGAGUCUGUCUGACCCGAAGCGGCUAAGCACUCAUGGCCUCGAUAACUUGUCAAGGCUUUUGAAGCUCCUUACAAGCUAUUUCAAGGUCGAGAUUGGAACACGACUCCUUGACCAGAUCGAUAGCAUCGUUGAGCCGCAGGCUUGGCAACAGAUUUCCUUUACAUUUUUCGAGCAGCACACGCAGAUGAAGGUCAUCACCGCCAUUUUGAACAUCUUCCACCUCCUUCCGUCCCCUGCUGAAGCCUUCAAAGGCCGUCUCAUCGACUGCUUCCUGGGGCUGGAAGACCGAUUAAGGAGGACCAUCCACAGUCCGUUUCGCGCUCCUAUUUACCUUUACCUAAACAGGUAUCCAAAAGAAAUAUGGGCAUUUUUGCUUGGGAGGUUGGACGACCUUAAGCAUGGUCGGCUGUUGGCCCAGGUUCUGCGGCAUCCCGACAGCGGCCCGCUCCGAGAGGUCGCCACCGAGAAUUUGGAAGCUCUCAUCAGUAAGUGCAACGAUGCGAUGAGCCAAAACAACGAGAAAAAGUACAUCGUCGUUAUCAACACCAUCCACGUACUCGAUUCUAUAAGUCAGUGGCCCAGCACUAGUGGCUGGAUGGAUAAGAAGGAGCACAUCUCCUGGCUCAAGGUUGUGGGCAAGGACCUAGAGAACCGCUUGCGAAGCUAUACUCUUCCGGCUGUCCUCCGCCUGCCGGCCUACCAGGCUGCCGAGCAACUGAUGAACGUGCUUGUCAAGGCUCUGGAGCGGAACCCGAAAGACUUGGACUCGCUUUUCAACUUGGUUGAAUCGGUGACGAGCGACGAUCUUAGGCCGACGCAGUCACUAUUCUCCUUCAUCCAUGACAGCAUCAUCACGAGUCAAUCGAUGGAAUUUUGGAAGACGACGUUCUUGCGAUGCCUGGACGUAUACGCGGGCAAGAUGGCGUCCAACAAGACUAAAUAUUUCUUAUUGCACUACAUCGUCAACCCCAUCGUCGCCAUGGAUGUCAUGCGGCACUGGAACCAUCCAGAGCCGAAUAGGGCGCAGCGACUCAUGGACCGCGCUCUCAUCGACGCUGUCAGCACGAAAGUAUGGAAGGUUCAUCCCGAGAUGGCUCCUGACGACCAAGCACAACCAGGUAUAGAUCACACUCGGUUUGAGGUUCUCCAGCUGUCGGCGAUGCUUGUCAAAUAUUACCAUACAACACUGCAGGAAGCGCGAAAGGAUAUCAUUAAAUUCGGCUGGACCUUCAUCCGUCUCGACGAUGUCAUCAACAAACACGCAGCGUAUGUAGUCAUCGGGUACUUCAUUGCCCACUACGAGACGCCGCCCAAGAUUGUUAACCAAGUCUACUUGUCUCUGCUCAAGACGAAUCAGAACGAAGGACGUGCUUUGGUUACGCAGGCGCUUGAAUUGAUUGCACCCGUUCUACCAAAACGAUGCGGAGGAAUUGGUCCGAACGAGCGCAACGCGCCGUGGGCCGUUGCUCCGCGUCGUAUCCUCGCUGACGAGGGCCAGAACGUGCAGCAGAUGACGAGCAUUUUCCAUUUCUUGGUUCGACACCCCGAGCUCUUCUUCGAUGCCCGAGAUAAGUACGUCAGCUUGCUCGUUACAUCGCUGAGAAAAGUCGCGGCCCCGCCAAACCCGUCCCACGAGAGCAAGAAGCUGGCCCUGAACAUGAUGUGGCUCGUCUGGACAUGGGAGCAAUGGCGAGUCGAGGGCAAGAACUCGCCAGCACCGGCAGUGAGAGAGUCGUCUCAAUCUCCAAUGUCGCGCAAGCGCAAGUUUGAGGCGGAUCAGCCCAUGUCGUCACCGAGUGAUGUCAAACCGCCUCUUCCGAGCGACAGAACUGAGUAUCAGAUUCCGCAAAUACUUCGUCAAAAGAUGAUCAAGUAUCUCGUUGAAUUCAUUGCUCAGCUCAACGAGAGAUAUCUACUCCCAUCGGCAAAGCCUCGCGAUCAAAGCAUACCUUCUAUCCCUAUGCAGCCGCCAAACACCGAGCUCUGCAAGAAGGCCAUGACUUUGCUACACAACUUGGUGCAGCCUCAAUACUGGGGCGAUCUUGAGCUUGACCUGUUUCCUAACGUGACCGACGUCAUUCUCGGAAGUGACAGGACGCAAACUAUUCUCAACGCUGACCCCACGGACAAGGACAAGUUCGACGAGCGCUUCCUCACCAAUAUCAUCAACACUCUGCAGGUUGUCCGCAUUGUUCUGAACUUUAAAUCCGAUGACUGGGUGCAAAAGCACAUUGCUGCCAUUCAGAAGGUACUGGAAAAGUGCCUUAAAUGCGAAAACCCUGAGAUCCAGGACUGUUUGCACCUUUCCGACAAGGCAUACGAUGACGGGCGCGAUUUGAAAUCCAUCAUCGACCGCGUGCUUGACGCCGUGCCUGAGGAUACCCCAGCAGAUGAUGCAGACGCUGAAGCUGAAGCCGAAGCCCCGACAUCGGAAAUCGUCACGUAUCUGUCCCAGGCAGCGACGGAGGCGAUGAACAAUUCGUCCUACGUCUCAGGCAUCAAUCUCCUUUGGUCCCUCGGGAAGCACAAGCCAGCAGUUAUUGAUCAGCACAUCGCAUCCCUUAUGAAAGCUCUGCAGAGCAAGCAUGCGAAGGAGCACGUGCAGCACUACAACGCCAUCGCCAGCCAGGCUGCAAACGCGAACAACCGUAUUCAGGAUACCAAUGCGAACCCUGGAGAGAUGGCUGCGUACGAACUAGAGAUCCAAACAAAGCUCAUGAUUAAGGAGAUUCAGACGGUGGCAUUGCGAAUGGAGCAUCUCGGAGACAACCGGCGACCUUUUCUCAGCGUGCUGGCAACACUGGUGGAAAAGUCUAUGCACAUUGAGCUCUGCACCGAAGUCCUGACCAUGGUGGAGGGUUGGGUGUUCCGGUCCGAAGGGACCUGGCCAACCCUGAAGGAGAAAACAGCUGUGUUGCACAAGAUGCUCUCGUUCGAGCAUAGAACGGACCCGACAAUGCUGGGCAAGUUCCUGGAGCUCGUUAUCAGAAUAUAUGAAGACCCCAAGGUCACACGGACUGAGCUAACCGUGCGCAUGGAACAUGCGUUCCUGAUCGGCACCCGGGCAGCAGACGUCGAAAUGAGGAACCGUUUCAUGGCCAUCUUGGACAAGAGCAUCUCCAAGACCGCCAGCGUUCGUCUCUCUUACGUUCUUACCUCGCAAAACUGGGAUACGCUUGCCGACUCGUACUGGCUUGCUCAAGCUUCUCAGCUCCUCCUGGGCGCGGUGGAGCUGAACACGAAUAUCCAGCUUCACGCAGAAGACUUCCAGCUCGCAUCUGCCUCCCAGCUGGCCGCCGUCUACCCGAAGGACAGGGAUUCCAGGGAGCCAAACAUGAUGCCCGAUGACAAAUUCGAGGCCCUCAUAACCAGCCAUCGCCGAUUUGUCGCCGAGCUUGGUGAGGUCAAAGUUCGUGACAUCAUCGAACCGCUGGUGCAGUUGCAGCAUGUCGAUUCUCAGCUGGCUCAUCAGCUCUGGGUGACCAUCUUCCCGCUGUACUGGUCUGCCACGGUUCGAGACGAGCGACCUGAGCUUGAGCGCGGCAUGGUGGCGUUGCUCACGAAGGACUAUCACACCCGGCAGAUCGACAAACGGCCUAAUGUUGUCCAGUCUCUCGUCGAGGGAGCUGCCAAGACUUGGCCAGAGUGCAGGCUGCCGCCCCAUGUGCUCAAGUUCGAGGCUAAGACCUACGAUGCCUGGUACACGGCAUUGGUGCAGCUCGAGAACGCGGCGAUCAAGCCCCAGAUGGAAUCCUCCACCGUUCGCGAAAGCAAUCUGGAUGCUCUUGUCGAGCUGUAUGCGUCCCUGCAGGAAGACGACCUGUUUUACGGCACGUGGCGUAGGCGAUGUCAGUUUGUCGAGACCAACGCCGGUCUGUCGUACGAGCAGAACGGCAUGUGGGAUAAGGCUCAAAGGCUGUACGAGACGGCUCAGAUCAAGGCGCGAACGGGCGUCAUUCCCUUCUCGCAAGCCGAGUACAUGCUCUGGGAAGACCAUUGGGUCCUGUGCGCCCAGAAGCUGCAGCAAUGGGAGAUCUUGCAAGACUUUGCAAAGCACGAAAACUUUCAGGACCUCCUUCUCGAGUGCGCCUGGCGCAACACGGACAUGUGGCAGGACGCCCAACACCGAGAGGCGCUGGACAAUGUCAUUAAAGGCGUCAUGGAUGCGCCGACACCGCGCAGGGCAUUCUUCCAAGCGUUCAUGUCGCUGCUCAAGUUCCACAACCAGCAAGAGCCCCCAGUCGAGUUCGCCCGUGUCUGCGACGAAGCAAUCCAGCUGUCGAUACGGAAGUGGCAUCAGCUUCCAGAGAGGCUGACAAACGCUCACAUUCCUCUGCUGCAGAACUUCCAGCAGCUGGUGGAGUUGCACGAUGCCAGCGUCAUCUGCCAGAGCCUCGCCAACACCAACUCUUCCAACCUCGACGUCAAGUCGGGUGAGCUCAAGUUGCUCCUUGGCGCCUGGCGCGACCGGCUGCCUAACGUCUGGGACGACAUCACCGCUUGGCAGGACCUAGUCACCUGGAGACAGCACAUCUUCAGCCUCAUCAACCAGACGUACCUGGGACUCCUACCGCAGCAAACGCAGCAGAACGCAGGAGGCGCCAACUCGUUUGCGUACCGCGGGUACCACGAGACGGCCUGGAUCAUCAACAGAUUCGCUCACGUGGCACGCAAGCACAGCCUACCGGAGGUGUGCAUCAGCCAGCUGAGUCGUAUCUACACACUUCCGAACAUUGAAAUCCAAGAGGCGUUCCUGAAGCUCCGCGAACAGGCCAAAUGUCACUACGAGAAUCCGGACGAGCUCUCGAGCGGACUGGACGUGAUAAACAAUACGAACCUCAACUACUUCAAUCCGCAGCAGAAGGCCGAGUUCUACACCCUCAAGGGCAUGUUCCUCGAGAAGCUCAGUCAGAAGGAGGAAGCCGACACCGCCUUUGGCACGGCGUUGUAUUUCGACAUUGGAGCGGCGAAGGCGUGGGCAGAAUGGGGCUAUUUCAACGACAGGAGAUUUAAGGAUGAUCCCUCGGACCUCACGGCGGCUCGGCAGGCGCUUACGUCCUACCUGCAGGCCGCCGGCAGCUACAAGAACGCCAAGACACGCAAGCUUCUGGCCAGGAUUCUCUGGCUGCUCAGUCUGGAUGAUGCCGAAGGCACAAUUGCCGUGGGCUUCGACGACUUCAAGGGCGAGACGCCAACGUGGUACUGGAUCACGUUCAUACCUCAGCUGCUCACAGGCUUGGGUCACAAGGAAGCACCUCGCGUUUUCCAGAUCCUGCUGAACAUUGCCAAGUCUUACCCCCAGGCGCUCUACUUCCAGCUGCGGACGAACCGCGAGGACAUGCAUCUCAUAAGGAAGAACCAGGAGGCAAAGGAGCGGGCUCGGCAGCGAGCGCAGUCGACGGCGUCCGCCGGUAAGGCCAGCGCGUCGCCAUCGCUCGUGAAGCAGGAGACGCCAAAGCUGGAGGGAGGCGCUCCUAGAGGCAGCGUGGCAAGCGAUGGGGAUGCCGCCCGGGACAAGACGGAAGGCAAGGAGGCUAACACGGCCGUGCAGCCGGCCAACGCCGCAGGCCAGGGCCAGGAUCAGCAGCCUGGGCCGAACCAGAAACGACCUCCGUGGGAGCUGACGGAGGAGAUCAUGUCGGUGCUGAAGACGGCGUUCCCGUUGCUCGCGCUGUCGAUGGAAACGAUGGUCGAUCAGAUCCAGAAGCACUUCAAGUGUCCGCCGGACGAAGACGCGUACCGGCUCAUCGUGGCCCUCCUGAACGAUGCCCUGACGUACGUCAGCCGGACGCCGGCUUCGUUCGCCAAGAGCGUGAAGCUGCCUGCGGCAACGGAGACUAACAUCACGCGGUUCGCGGAGACGAUCCUGCCCAACCACAUCAAGAAGUCGUUCGAGGCCGACUUUGUGCAGGUGAAGCCGACCAUGUACGAGUACAUCCACAAGCUCCGGCGGUGGCGCACAAAGUUUGAGGAGAAGCUGGAUCGGCGGGUCUGCCACGCUCCUCUGGAGGCUUUUUCCCCUCACCUCAGCGAGUUCCGAUACCAGAAGUUCGACGAUGUCGAGGUGCCCGGGCAGUACCUGCAGCACAAGGAUAAGAACCAGGACUUCAUUCGGAUCGAGCGAUUCCUGCCCAACGUGGACCUCGUACGGUCGUACAGCGCGUCGUACCGGCGGCUGAAGAUGCGCGGCCACGACGGCAGCGUGCACUCGUGGGCGGUCCAGCACCCGGCGGCUCGACACUGCAGGCGGGAGGAGAGGAUACUGCAGCUGUUCCGGCACCUCAACCAGACGCUCGGCAGGAAGAAGGAGAGCCGGCGACGCGAUCUCCAGUUCACGCUGCCACUCAUGGUCCCGCUCGCGCCGCACAUCCGGAUCGUGCAGGAGGACACGUCGUACAUCUCGCUCCAGGCGGUGUACGAGGAUCACUGCAGGCGGCAGGACGUGCCUCGGGACGACCCGGUGCUGUUCACGCUGGAGAAGCUGCGCGGAGUGCUCGAGACUAAGAACCAGGUUCGUGACGACGGCGUGGCACGGUCUGGAGACGGCCCAACGGCUAACGCGGCGCAGCAGGGCAAACUGGAGCUCACCCCGACGGCACGGCUGGAGGUGUUCACGGCCGUGCAGGAGAAGUGGGCGCCCCCGACGAUUGCGCUCGAGUACUUCCAGCAGGCGUUCCCGCAGUUUGCCGAGUUUUGGCUGUUCCGGCGACAGUUCUCGUACCAGCUGUCGGCGUUGACGUUCAUGACGUACAUCCUCUACAUGCACAACCGAUACCCGUCCAAGAUCAACAUCGCCCGGGGCUCCGGCAACAUCUGGGGCUCGGAGCUCAUGUCGUUUAUGAACUCGUCGAAGCCGUUCUUCACGAACCCGGAGCCGGUGCCGUUCCGGCUGACGCCGAACCUGCAGGUGCUCAUGGGCCCGCUGGCGACGGAGGGCAUCUUUGCGUGCUCGCUGAUGGCCAUCGCGCGCUGCCUGACGGAGCCGGAGCACGAGCUGGAGCACGCGCUGACGCUGUUCGUGCGGGACGAGAUGAUCUUCUGGCUCACGAGCAGCCACCGGAGCGGCAUCAGCGAGAGCCAGCUGCGGGACUCGGUGCAGCUCAACAGCGACUCGAUCGUGAAGCGGGCGGCUAGCCUGGCGCAUAAUCCGGCGGGCAACCUGCCGGCGAACCAGACGGUGAUUGACGCCAUCGCAAAGGCGGUGAACCCCAUGAACCUGGCGCAGUGCGAUGCCUUGUGGAUGCCGUACUUGUGA